AUGGCAAAUCCUGGGCAAAGUAACGCAACCGGUCUGAACGGCAGUAAAACAGUUUCUCCUGCAGACUGUUCUGAUCGUUUUCAUGACGGUAUUGACAACGGCGAGUUUACCAUUCUGACUGAAGUAAGUUAUGUCCUCGCAGUAAUUGUCAACAGCAUCACUUGUCCCUUCACUAUAUUGCUUAAUGCAUUGACGAUAACAGCAGUGAUAAAAAGGAUAAGUCUCCAGAGCAAUCCUAACAUUUUGUUAGCCUGUUUAGCGGCAACUGAUCUGCUUUGUGGACUCGUUGGACAACCAACUUUUAUUUUGUGGAAAACGUUCCAGCUCAAUGGUAUCCAUAACAACUGUAUGGUUAGGAAAAUUCACAACUGGGUUUUCGCUCUGUUGUCUUUGCAGUCAGUUCUACAUGUUUCUCUGGUGACUGGUGAAAGAUUGAUUGCUAUUAAAUUUUCUUUGCGUUAUGUUGAAAUAGUAAACUCCAAAAAUAUUUUGGCGGCGGUGAUGAUCAGCUGGGUGUUCGGUUUUUUUGUCCAAGCUGGCGUCAUCAUGUCUUUUGACUCAGCAGUGAGUCGGUACUUUGGUUUUUUAGUAGCGUUUGUUUUGACAACUUGUAUUCUAUUUAUAAUCAGCUCUUACGCUGUUAUUUUCCCUGAAAUUAUUCGCCAUCGUAAGAUGAUCAGAGAACAGCAACAAUCUGGAUAUGAAGUAGAACUGAGACGCAACGGAGAGGAUCAGAAGGCGCUCCGAACCACUCUGUUUGUUGCUGGUACCCUUCUCCUUAGCUUUACCCCGAUGGCGUUAACUCUUCUUCUUAAGCCAAAGACGGGCUACGAUGGCAUACACGACGUGCUUUUACCAUGGGCUCGUACCGCUGCCAUGCUUAACUCUUUGCUGAACCCGCUGAUUUAUUGUUGGCGCCAAGACCCACUAAGAGCUUUCUUUUUUAGUAUACUUCCUUGCACCAAUGUGCCAAACGCCUAA